UGUUUGUUGAAGAAAGAAGAAAGAUGUUGGUUGCUAACAGUUUUGAUCUAUGGCAAAAGGACACCUCUUUCUCUGCAGCUGAGGAGGUUCAAGAAUCUGCAGAUAUCUUGGAAUCGGCUUACCGAGCAUGGUUAAGAGAGAGGAGAGAAGGGGUAGCACCUCAAGAUUUGUAUGAACUAAGCAGGGAGCUUCAAGUUGCUUUAGGUACCGCAAAGUGGCAGGUGGAAGAGUUUGAAAAGGCUGUUAGACUUGGCUACAGAAAUCGUGCUGAUGACAUUACUUCAACCAGACAUAGACAAUUUGCCAUUGCGAUAGAAAACCAAAUUUCUCAUGUUGAAGCAGCAUUGAAGGAGUCUUUUGAGGAUGGAUGUCAGCAACCACUUCGAUGGGUGACUUUAGAUAAAGAAGAAUGCGAUGACUUAGCUGCAUUUCUCUCUGGAAUUCCCACCACCUCACGUAGUGUGAAGAAUGAAUGUGCCAAGCUUGGAGCAUCGACCAAAAGCUGUGUAUGACAGAAGCAAUACACCAACAAUGAUUUGAAUCCUAACACCAAAGUUGCCUCCGAAAGAGUUAUUCCUAUUCAAUCAGAGGGUUUUACGGACAUUGUUGCUAGUUAUAUGGCUGCUAACUGUGUCAUAGAACUAGAAGCUGAAGAAAGUCCUGGGACAAAAAAUGAUAGUAACUGUCAAGCUGAUAGAACAAUUGGAACAAGGAGAAAGGGAAGCUCGCCAAAUGUUAGUGCUCUAAAGAUUUUAAUUGACGAUGAUGAUAAACAAAAGAAUGCUUUAGUAUUAAACAUUGAGGCGACACCUAGAGAAAAGGGGUACAAACCUAUGUUUUGGAAGCCAACCUGUGGAGAUCAUCCUCAAGCAAAGGAAGGAAUGUCGAGUUACUCCCAGUUGAGAGGGAUUAAUUGCAUCAAUCAGCUUUUUGGAUGGAUUCGUGGAAGUCAGAGACAACUACAAAUCCCGCUACACUUGCAGUUCAGUUGCUCUGUGCAAUUUAUGCUUGCUUUGAUGCUAAUGGUUUUUCUGCUUGGUAAGCUCUUGAUAUGAUCAAAUUUUGGAG